AGUGCUCCAAACAUAUUCAAAUAUGGCUUCUCCACCAUCCAUCCUUUCUAUUUUGGUUACAUUUAUUCUUUGCAUUUCUAAAACCUUUGUUUCUGGUCAAUUUGCCAACUUUGAAAAGUUACAACUUCCCGGGGGUGUUACAGGCCCCGGAGGAAUCACAUUUGGAGGACUUCCGAUUCCAAACGAAGGUCCCUUCGUAACAACUAAUGAUGGUGGGAUUAUGAAAUGGGUGGACCCCACCAUCGGUUUUGUGGAUUUCGCAUAUACUUCACCAACAAGGACAAAGGAACUUUGUGAUGGUGUAACAGAUCCUGAUACCGCAUCAACAUGCGGACAACCAUUCGCCCUUAGCUAUCACCCCGUAACCCACAAUCUGUACAUUGCAGAUGCGUAUCAUGGACUUCUAGUUGUGGGCCCCGAUGGUGGGCUUGCAACUCAACUUGCAGGAGGGUUCAAGUUUGUUAAUGAUGUUGACAUUGACUUGUUAACGGGCCAUCUUUAUUUCAUCGAUGCUAGUUUGACUUAUACUAUCAGCGAUGCUAUAAAACCAGGAUUUAUACCUGAUUCAAGCGGGAGGUUAUUGCGCUAUGAUCCACUUACCCAAGAAGUAUCAGUUUUACUGAGUGGUCUCUCGGGUGGUGGUGGUGUGGUAGUCAGUAGUGAUGGUACAUUUGUUCUUGUAUCUGAGAUUGGCAGUGACAGGAUUACAAAAUAUUGGCUGGUGGGGCCCAAAGCAAAUACGGCUGAAGUUUUGCUACAUGUUAAUGGGAAUCCGAAUAAGAUAAAACAAGCAGAAACAUUAGGAGAGUUUUGGGUGGCAACUACAAGAAUUGGAUAUGCACCACCAACGCCUGGCAUUGUUCCAGAAGGGGUGCGCUUCAAUUCAGAUGGAGAUGUGUUGCAAACACUUCAAUUUGGUACAGAAUACCCUGAUGAACCAAUUAGUUUGGUUCAAGAACACGAGGGAAAGCUCUAUGUUGGGUCUCGUUUCACCAAUUUCGUAGGUGUGUACUCUAAUUAGUAGUUUAGACACCCCUGUAUGUGCCUUGUGCUACCAAAUAAUGCUGAAAUCGUAAUAAAACUACCU